GUUUCUAUCACGGCUCAAAAUAAACUGGGCCGGCCACUUCUCUCUCAACCCUAAUUAAGCCGCUCGCGGCAUCACCGAGAAGCAAUUAGCACGGUCGUGGUGGGAGAGGGGAAGCGGAGAGGAGGGGGAAGCAAAAGCAACAGCAGCAGCAGCCAUGAAAUUCCAGAUCGAGGAUGUGACGGUGUACUUCCCCUACGAGCACAUCUACCCGGAGCAGUACGAGUACAUGGUGGAGCUGAAGCGAGCUCUCGACGCCCGUGGUCACUGCCUCCUCGAGAUGCCCACCGGCACCGGCAAGACCGUCGCCCUCCUCUCCCUCAUCGCCAGCUAUUCCCUCUCCCGCCCCGGCGACCGCCCGCUGAAGCUCCUCUACUGCACCCGCACCGUCCACGAGAUGGAGAAGACCCUUGCCGAGCUUCGCCUCCUCCUCUCCCACGUUCCCCCGGACCUCCGCCGCUCCCUCCUCGCCCUAGGCCUCUCCUCCCGCAAGAACCUAUGCAUCAACCCCACCAUCGUCUCCGCUGCCUCCCGAGACUCCGUCGACUCCGCCUGCCGCCGCCUCACCGCCAGCUGGGUCCGCGCCGCAGCCGCAGAGGACCCCGCCGUCCCCACCUGCUCCUUCUUCGAGGGCUUCGACCGCGCCGCCUCUUCAUCCAAUGCCUCCGUCAUGCUCCCCCCCGGUGUGUACACGCUCCAGGAUCUCCGCGCCUUCGGCAGGGACAAUGGCUGGUGCCCCUACUACCUCGCCCGGCAGACCAUACGGUAUGCCAAUAUCGUGGUCUACAGCUACCAGUAUUUGCUCGACCCUAAGGUCGCCAGCAUCAUCUCCAAAGAGAUGCAGAGGGAAUGCGUAGUCGUGUUCGAUGAGGCCCAUAACAUUGACAACGUGUGUAUCGAGGCCCUCAGCGUUAGCAUUCGGCGGCAGACACUGGAAGGCGCCACCAGGAAUCUCAACCGCAUGGUCCAGGAGAUCGAUAGGUUCAAGGCGACAGAUGCUACCAGACUGCGUACAGAAUACAACCGUCUUGUAGAAGGUUUGGCACAAAGAGGAAGUUUACCCAUAACUGAUGCCUGGCUUGCGAAUCCUGCCUUGCCUGAUGAUAUUUUGAAGGAGGCUGUGCCUGGAAAUAUCAGGAGAGCAGAACAUUUCCUCUCUGUUUUAAGAAGACUAGUACAAUACCUGAAAGGGCGUUUACAAACUGAAAAUGUUGAGACAGAAGGGCCUGUAGCCUUUGUUGCUUCUGUCAAUUCCCAGGCUGGAAUUGAUCAAAAAAUGCUUAGAUUCUGCUAUGAUCGCUUGCACUCUCUCAUGCUUACGCUUGAAAUAACUGACACGGAUGAGUUCUUGCACAUCCAGACAAUUUGUGACUUUGCAACAUUAAUUGGAACAUAUACACGAGGCUUUUCAAUAAUCAUCGAACCGUUUGAUGAGCGAAUGCCUCAUAUUCCUGAUCCUGUGCUGCAGCUCAGCUGUCAUGAUGCUUCACUUGCUAUAAAGCCUGUCUUUGAACGCUUCCAGUCAGUUGUAAUUACUUCUGGGACUCUAAGCCCAAUUGAUCUCUACCCUCGUCUUCUGAAUUUCAACCCAGUCAUAAGUCGAAGUUUUACAAUGUCUUUGACAAGAGAUUGCAUAUGUCCGAUGGUUCUAACUCGUGGAAGUGAUCAGCUACCUGUAAGCACAAAGUUUGACAUGCGUAGUGAUCCUGGUGUUGUGAGGAAUUAUGGACGGCUACUGCUGGAAAUGGUUGCUGCUGUUCCAGAUGGUAUUGUCUGUUUCUUUGUCAGUUACUCCUAUAUGGAUGGCAUUGUCAACAGUUGGAACGAAAUGGGAAUAUUGCAGGAUGUGAUGCAACAUAAACUAGUUUUCAUUGAAACUCAAGAUGUAGUAGAGACUACAUUAGCUCUCGAUAACUAUCGAAGGGCUUGUGACUGUGGAAGAGGGGCUGUCUUUUUUUCUGUUGCUAGGGGCAAGGUGGCGGAAGGUAUAGACUUUGAUCGUCAUUAUGGCAGACUUGUUAUCAUGUUUGGGGUUCCUUUCCAGUACACACUUAGCAGGAUUUUGCUAGCUAGGUUAGAGUAUUUGCGGGAGACCUUUCAGAUAAAAGAGGGUGAUUUUCUCACUUUCGACGCAUUGAGGCAAGCUGCACAAUGUGUUGGCCGUGUAAUUCGUUCUAAAGCAGAUUAUGGGAUGAUGAUAUUUGCUGACAAAAGAUAUAGUCGUCAUGACAAACGCUCUAAGUUACCUGGAUGGAUACUGUCACAUCUACGUGAUGCACACCUCAACCUAAGCACAGACAUGGCUUUGCAUAUAGCACGAGAGUUCCUUCGGAGGAUGGCCCAGCCCUAUGAUAAGGCAGGCAGUGGUGGCAAGAAGACUCUCCUUACACAAGAAGAUAUAGAGAGAAUGUCAGGUGAUGCCAUGGAGUUGUUCUGAGAGUGUAAGGUCAUGCCAUCAUCCAUGGACACUUGGGUUCAGCUCUUUAAAAGGCCAGCGAAUUUUGUGUGAAUUCCUGUGCAUACUCUGCAAAUCUAGCAGUGCUUGGAGAUCCUUUUGCCGGAAGAGGAGCUGCUGCUGCUGCCAAGCUCGAGGCAAGAGGAGCAACUGAGGCCACGUCCAUUUUGGGUGAACAAAGAACACAUACCUUGUCAUGAUCUUCAUGUUUAUCGGCCAUAUGGACAUGAAUUCUGAGAAUUGAACUCACAUUCAUAUCGUCACAGAAAUUUGGUAUACUAAUUGGUUUUGGUA